CUGAAGCUGCAGUAGCACUCGCGUCGCGUCGCGUCUUCUCCGAAAGCUCGCGCCAUGGCUGCGGCUCUGUCCAGAUCGCUGAAAUUACCGGGUAAGAAGGGGUGUGACCUGGGCGAGUAUGACCCGCUGACGCAGGCCGACAGUGAGGACGAGACGGAGGACGAUGACCUGGUGCUCAACUAUCCCCGAAACGGCCUUCGGGAGCAGGGGGAGGAGCCUGAUCCGCAGUGGAGAGCGCAGGUGGCGGGGCCAGGGCGGGCGCAGGGCGGAGACUCUGAGCAGAAGGCGGGGCAUGUGCAGGGGGCAGGGCGGAGCGCUGCAUUCCUGCUGCCGCUGCUGAGUGCCAUGCUGCUGGUGCUGCUGUGUGCGUUCCUCAUCCCCUGCCCACAGGGGGCGCCGCAGCUCACACACUGGCGCAAAGCGCUGGGGGACGCCGCCGGCGUGACGUCGCCCCCUCUGGCCAUGUGGGAUGUGGACGGAGACGGGCUGGAGGACGUCCUGAUCGCCGUCACCAGCAUCGCUAACGACAGUCAGCCAAUCAACUCGCAGAACAAAGAGUUCAGCGUGUCGGCGGUGAGCGGGGCCGGUGGGCAGCUGCUGUGGUCCCGCACCCUCAGAGAGCCGCUGAUCUCGGUUCAGUGUGGGCUGCAGACAGCAAGUGCGGACCCACUGCAGAGGACGUCAGAGCAGACACACUCCGCCUGCAUCCUGAUCAGCUCCGGACACAUCAUCACCGUCAACGCCUCCACAGGCAGGACGUGGUGGACGGCAGCUGUUGGUGAUGUGGAGUCUCAUGCUGUUCUGCUGCCUGAUCUACAGGGAGACGCUUAUCCAGACCUGCUCAUCGCCACACUACCAGCAGACCAGGCCUCUGACCUAUCUCUAGUGCUGAUUUCUGGACAGUCGGGCGCUGUGAUUGGACAGCCGGUGAACUUUAACCUCACAGCUCAGGGGAAGCUGAUUGGUCCACUGCUGCACGAGACAUCAAAGGGGGCCUACUACAUCCUGUUCGGCCUGGGUCUGGUGCAGGGCGUGUCUCUCAGCUACAUCUACACCCAGGCCACAGGCGGCACGGCGGCUCGGGUUCUACAGCAGGACUCCAGCUGGGAGAGUCUGAGGAGGAGCAACACAUCUGCACUACUGCACAUCAGCAGUGUGUCUGAGCAGGUGGAGUUCCUGCUCCCCCUGGUGGCGGGUCAGUGUGAUCAGCGCAGUGAUCUGGACGGUGUGUGUGUGCUGAACCGCAGCCGCAGUGAGGGGAUCGUGUUGUGUGGAGCGCGCAGGCUGUCUGUGCUGAGAGCGAGCGACACACACACCACGUGGAGCCUCAGCCUCGCCAACAUACACACUCGUCCAGCACUGGGUCACUUUAAUGAUGACGGUGUCCCUGAUCUCCUUAUUCAUCAGUCGACCAAUGGCAUCAGGAAGGUGCAGAUCAUUGAUGGUGCUCGUGGGCGGAGCCUGUGGGAGGCGGAGUUUGUGUGUCCUCGUCUGGCGGUGGAGGAUUCGUCAGUUCUGACCGCGUCUGGCCAAUCAGUGUUCCUGUUCUGGGCUGGAGAUCCGCUGACGCACACGCUUAACGCCAGCAAGGCAGCCGUGGCGGAGCCGGUGCUCAGGAAACUCUUCCUGUUUCACCCCUACUAUCCCACAAUCCUCCUGCAGCUCAGCAACACCACAGACACCGUCCUCACCGCCACAGUGGGCUACGCGCCGCAGCAGAAGGACGCCUCCUACACGAGUGUGUCGUCUGUGCCCGUGUCUGGCCGUCAGCCGGCGCUGCAGAUGCUGAAGAGUGUGAGUCUGAAAGCGGCCAUCGCAGACGCACAGAUCCUGCAGCUCAGCAACAGCAGCGCGCACACACACACACACAGCGCCUUCCACAUCAACCAGUUCUUCAGACGCCUGUCCUUCACACAGGUCCGAGCACACUCAUCAGACUGACACCGAGCCGACAUACAUCUGCACGUUAUUAAUACAUCUAUAUGUGUUCAUCAGCACUUUAUUAUUCACACACGUGUGUGUGUGUGUGUGUGUGUGUGUGUGUGUGUGUGUGUGUGUGUGUGUGUGUUUCUCCACAGUGAUGAUGUUUGGACACGUUCAUCAUUCCUGCUCUGCAUUCCUCUCUGCGUGUGCGUGCACGUGUGUGUGUGUGUGUGUGUGUGGAGUUUCAGCAGAGGUGUAGAUAUGCUUCAUCUGUUUAACACACUUUAAAGGGCACCUAUGUUGAAAAAUCUACUUUUCCAGCUGUUUGGACAGACACAUGUGUGUAUAUAUAGUGUAUAGAGCGUCAUAUUGGGCUGAUAUAAACACACCCAGUCCUUUUUUUUUUUCAAUUUAACAACAUAAAAACGGUGGACCAAUUAGAGCGGUUCUCAGACCGACCGCAACUUUACAUAGGAGUGUGAUCCCCCCGCCCACCGAAUUGAUUGACAGCUGUGCGCAUUAACAUGUCCCGGUAGUCACCUGUAUGUCAACGAGACCAGGCUGCAAGACAUACGCAAAGCAACCGGGAAUAAAAGCUCUGUUCUGUUCGCUAGGAUCAGCGAUCAUCAUCAAAUGUGAUUAAGAGUAAGUUUCACAUGUUUAAAGUGUUUUAAAACAGAGUAUGUGUGUAAUUAAUUACAGCGAUUUACUUCAGCUUUACUUCAUCAGCACAGCCGCGUGUCAGAACAAUUAUAAAAGAAGACGCUUCAAUCCAGGUUUGUGGACGUUAAAUCAGGUUUAUUUUGUACAUUAACAUCACAGAUAUCCACACAGCACUGGAGGUUAGCCUGUAUCCUGACACAUAUGAGUGCACAAACAGUGCUAAGUGCUGUCUGUCUGUCUGCCUGUGUGCGUAUGUGUGUGUGUGUGUGUGUGUGACUCAUCAAUGCAACUUCACAAUACUGAUUAGUAAAGGUUAGUUCUUACUGUAGUAUCUCUCACAAACACUACGUGAGACCUUCUUCCUUUUAGUCUGUCUGUUGUCUGACGCAGCUGAGGGAGGAGAUUAAAGCACGUGGGAAGGCAUGUAGAAACAGUAGGCGGGCAGAACUCGCCUUAAAGGCGCAGUACGACAAAACCACCCCGUGCUGGAAAUCAGUAUAAAACAGCAUCUUGUAAAAGGUAUCAUGAGAAAUCUGAUGGGUGUUCUGAGCUGAAACUUCAUAUACACAUUCUAGAGACGCAAAAGACUUAUAUUAAAUCUGAAAAAGGGGUAACCUAGGUGCUCUUUAACAUGUGUUUAAUCUUCAGUCACUGGAAUAACACUGACGCUACUCUUCAUUAUUAUGAAUAUGAUUAUUAUGACUGUUGUUGUCCUGCUGAUGAUGAUGAUGAUGAUGAUGGCGGUGCGGCUGGCCUUGUGUCUGUGUGGCUCUCUCGCUCUGGUCAGUGAAGUGAGUUGGUUUGGUUUUGCACAUUGAGUUUGUUUGUAUUCCUGACUCUCUGUACAGUAUUUAUAAUGGAGAUGUACAUACUGAUGAAUGCUGGAUGAUGAUGAUGAUGAUGAUGAACAAUACAAUAAAACAGGAACAUUCAUCUGGA